AUGUCUAGGAGACCUUCCAAAGCCCUUCUUUGCUUUCAUGGCACUGGUUCAAAGGAAGCCAUCCUCAACGUCCAAAUGGCGAGGAUUUGUUUUCUACUGGGGGACGCGUUUGAGUUCAUUUUCCUUGACGGACCGAUGGAAUGCGCUGCAGGACCUGGGGUUCUGCCCAUGUUCAGCGGCCAAGAGCCAUAUUACUGUUGGUUUGGCGGCGACGGCACCACUAUCAAGGACAGCUUAAAGAGAAUCAACGCGUCUGUCAAGCCGACGGUGGAUGGAUGGCAAGCGAAGUAUCCUGAUGCAGAGAUCGUUGGAGCGAUUGGGUUCUCCGAAGGUGCACUCGCCCUUGCAAUGAUGCUCUGGCAGCAACAGCAAGACCUAGUGCCCUGGCUGCCGCAGCUCCGGUUUGCCGUAAUGAGCUGCUGUUUCUUUCCUAACGAGGCUUCCUUGUGGCUAAACGCUAGAGCCCAGGCUUAUGGCCUGAGCAAAGCCUACAUUGACGUUCCGACGCUUCACAUACACGGCAACAGAGACUUUUGUCUCGGCCGCGCACGAAAGCUAGUGAGAAACCACUAUCGGUCGAACUUUGCUCCUGUCAUUCAAACGGAUACCGCCCAUCAUUUGCCAACAAGGAAAGACGAGGUGGGGGAGGUGGUGAAGCAUAUCCUGAGACUGUCGGAAAUCUCAGCAACUGACGCGCCAAAUUGA